AUGUCAGCAGCUGUCCCUGAUGAGAAGACGCCCAACGUGGCAGCUGAGAGCUCUUGCUCGUCCACGGCCUGCACCACCCCUGACAACGAGAAGCAGGAAGCCCCGGGGGAUGAGCCGGAGGCUCCUCCCCGCGACAUUAGUGGCUGGAAGUGGUGGCUUGUGAUGGCGUCUAUCUUGUCCUCAAUCUUCUUCUACGCCCUCGAUAAUACCGUGGUUGCGGACAUCCAGCCCGUCAUCAUCGGAGAUCUCGGCGAGCUAGAGAAAUUGACCUGGCUCAGCGUGGCCUUCCUUCUGGGCGCCACCGCUACGAACCUGAUCUGGGGGAAGGUAUACAGCCAAUUCAACGCGAAGUGGACGUACAUUCUGAACAUCGCCGUUUUCGAGAUUGGGUCCGCCGUCUGUGGAGCGGCGCCGAGCAUGAACGUGAUGAUUGUCGGACGUGCCUUGUGCGGAGUGGCAGGCGCAGGCCUGUAUGUUGGUGUCAUGACGCUCAUUGCUAUGACAACCUCGCUGCCAGAGCGCCCGCUGUACGUGGGUGGAACUGGUCUGACCUGGGGGAUUGGAAUUGUUCUCGGUCCUGUCGUUGGAGGAGGAUUCAGUGAGUCUUCCGUGGGCUGGCGCUGGGCCUUCUACAUCAACUUGCUUAUUGGCGCCCUCUGUGCUCCGGUCUAUCUCUUUCUGCUGCCGAGCAAGGAUCCUCGACGCGGGGUCGCACUGAAGGAGCGUUCUCGCGAGGUGGACAUUGUUGGAGCGGCACUACAGAUGGCAGCCUUGACAACCUUCAUCCUCGCCAUCUCAUGGGGAGGAGUCGUCUUCCCCUGGAACUCGGGGCAGGUCAUCGGUCUCUUUGUGGCAUCUGGCGUGCUGUCCAUUGUCCUGGGUUUCCAGCAGGUCUUUCUGGUCUUCACCACAAUCGAGUGCCGCAUCAUACCCGUGGAGUUUUUCGGCUCUCGCACCGUGCUCGUCCUCUUUGCCUCCACUGCCGCCGCCGGUGCCUCUGCUUUCGUUCCAAUCUACAUGAUUCCACUUUACUUCCAGUUUACCCGCGGGGACGCUGCCCUUGAUGCAGGCGUCCGACUACUGCCAUUCAUCAUCCUGAUGGUCGCCACCAUCCUAACUAAUGGAGCACUCCUCUCCAAGUUUGGCUACUACAUGCCAUGGUACACGGCAGGUGGUCUCCUUGCCCUAACUGGUGGUGCCUUGAUGUACACUGUCGACCUGAACACGUCAACCAGCCGCAUAUAUGGAUACACAGUGAUUCUCGGCCUCGGUGUAGGUCUCUGGAUCCAAGCAUCCUUCGCUGUCGCCCAGGCCGUCGUGGAGCCCAAAUACGUCCCUGCAGCCGUGGGUUUCAUCACCCUGGCCCAGUUCGCCGGCAUCACCAUCGUUAUGGCAAUUGCCAACACAAUCUUCCUGAACGAAUGCCUGACCACUAUCCCUCGCAUCCUGCCAAACGUCCCUCGCGAAGAGAUUGAGGCAGCGAUCCAAGGUACUAGUGAUCUUCUGGACAGAUUAAGCUCGGAUGUCCGAACCCGCGUCUUAGAAGCCAUCGUCUCCGGGAUCAGCAAGUCAUACGCCCUGGUCAUCGCGGCCGGAGCCCUCGUUGCCGUUCUGAGUUUCCUCAUGAAGCACGAGCGGUUAUUCAAUGUUUCUGCUGCUGUCGGUGCCGCCUAA